AUGUUAUCACUGUUCCUCUUUUACGUGUUUCUGUGCGUUGGAGACGUAAAGACUAAUAACGGAGGAUGGUACACUGAGAAAAAGGACAUUGUUGGUCGGGAAGGUCCUUGCAACAUUGAAAGAUAUGCCGCCGAAGACCUGGACCAGAAUGAGUUUUUAAGAAGAUUUGCAUAUCAUGAGCCUCUGGUCAUAUAUAAUAUUGACAAUAAAGAGUUUCGUCGCCUUACUAUGCGGAAGAAGAUGAUGGAAGAUUGGAAGGACACCCCAGUCACCUUAAAUUCUGCGAAUACUUACAGUUAUACCAGGAUUCCUACUACUUUUCAAGAGUACAUCGAGCAUCGCCUCAAGCCCCAGAGUCGUGAUAUACGUGGGAACGAGACUAUGUACUUGUUUGGUGAUAUUGAUCAAAAACUCUGGGCACCUUUGUUGACAGCAUACCGUAUUCCGAAGUGGUCACUUCCUGGACAUAGUCCUGCGCUCAGCUUUGGAAUUGCAGGGGCAGGGACUGGCGUGCCUUUUCAUUUCCAUGGACCUGUUUUUGCUGAAGUAAUUUAUGGGUCAAAGCGGUGGUUUUUGUAUCCGUUUGAAGACCGCCCAGCAUUCGAUCCUGACAUCUCAACCUUGGAGUGGUAUCUGAGUGAAUAUCCUUCGCUGCCUCGAGAAAAGCGCCCAUUUGAAUGUGUUUUGAAGCCUGGAGAAAUAAUUUAUUUACCGGACAAAUGGUGGCAUGCUACACUAAAUACUGAGACGAGUGUCUUCAUUAGCACUUUUCUCAGUCCUUGA